AUGAGGUUGUGGGAUCUAAUUCAAGAGAAUUUCCAUUCGAAAGCCGACAGACCAGCUGUUUGCUAUGAAUCCGGUUCUCGAUGUUUGAAAAUUAACUAUGAUCGUUUAAAAAUUUUUUUAGAACAGUUUGUGGUGGAUCUGGGAGAUUAUUUAGCAGAUGAUCAGCACCUUGUUUUUAUGGUUUGUAUGAAGUCUGGAGUUGAUGUGAUAACAGUCUUACUUGGAGUAUUGAAAUUGCAACAUACAUUUUUUUAUAUGAAUCCAAGAGAUGUUGUGGCCAAAGAAAGAUUUUCUCAUCUAAAGGAGAAAAUAGGAUUCACUGUCUGCAUUACAGAUUCUGCCGAAAUUGUCCAAUUGUUGAAAAAAACAUACGAUGUGAAAGUUGAAAAGUUCAAGAGCACUGAUGCUUACUUACUUAUCUUCUCCAAAGAUACUUCAGUAAAUUGUUUUAAAAACAUGAACGAAGUGGCUUACAUUGUAACAACAUCUGGUUCUACUGGAGAACCUAAAAUAGUUUAUGUUCCUGACAGAUGCAUUAUUCCAAACAUCACUCAUAUCAGUGAAAUCUUCCAGCAAACCUCUGAUGAUGUCAUAUUGCUAUCUUCACCACUGACCUUUGACCCAAGUUAUGUACAGAUCUUCACAUCAAUGUACUGUGGCUCAUGUUUGCUGGUCGUUGAAGAGCCAAUCAGGUGGAAUGGCAGUCAGCUGCUUUCAAUGGUGGUGGACAGGCACAAGAUCACCAUUUUACAUGCAACCCCUUCAUUGCUUUCAACAAUGAAACCUGAAAGUUUCAAUUCUACAUUGCUGUCAGGAACUUCACAAUUAAGAAUUUUAGCAAUAGGAGGAGAGAAGUGUCCCUCGAGAUCAACUUUAAAAAGUUGGAAACAUGAAGGGAACAGGACGAAAAUAUUCAAUUUGUAUGGGAUAACAGAGGUUUCAUGCUGGGCCACCUGCCAUGAGGUGAUGGGCAUUGAUACAGCUGAUCUCCAGACUGACGAAGAAGUUGAGUUAGGUGAUGUUCUGGACAAGACAGUUCUUGAGAUAAGAAAUUUUGAUGAAGAUACAAACCAAGAUAAUUAUGGCCAGGACACUAAAUCAAACAGGAAAGGCAUUUUAUGGAUAGGUGGUCAAGAAAGAACUUGUUGGGUUGACGAUGAUAUAGCCACUGAAAAAAGUGAAUCCAGCACGGAACCAACUUCACAAGUGCUGACUACGAGAUGCUCUGGGGAUGUUGUCCAGGAAGUGAAUGGCAAGAUGUACUACAUCGGCAGGUGCGACGAUGUCAUAAAGAGAAUGGGGAAAAAGUUGAAUCUUCAAGAAUUUGAACCUGUGGUUAUUUUCAUCAGAUCAUCACAUGAGAAUCAGCUUUCCGAACAUGAAAAAACCUUCGAUUCUACUGAGAAAUCCAUAAUUUUGUUUAAAAAUGAAGAAAUAAUAAAAAGUGUUUAUUCAUGUGUUAGUCAUUGGCUGCCAGCCCACUACAUUCCUGACGACGUUGUUUGUGUUAACAUCAUGCCUCUAACUCAACAUGGUAAAGUGGACAGGCAGAAGCUGCAAUUAUUGUAUAUGGAUUACAUGAAGACGGCAACUAUGUUAAAAUAUUCAUCCUCAUCUUUGCAAGAAGUUACUGAUUAUUUUCUAACUGAGUGCGCUGAAAAACUUAACGUUCUGAAAAGUAAUUUACUUUCAAAUUACUUCAACGAUAAAACGUGGUUCCAAAUCGGAGGUGAUUCUCUCUUGGCAUUGUCCAUUGUUAAAGAUAUUUCGGCAAAGUUCACUUUUAUUGGAGAAUCGAUGUUGGAUAUGUUGUUGGGUGGCAGAUGUAUGCAAGAUGUUGUAUAUUACGUUGUACAAUGUUAUCAGAAAAGGAAUGUUGGCUCUACGGAUUCAAUGGAUGAAAGAUUUUUCAAAAGUGACACAAAUGUUGUUCAUCAUAAUCAUUGUAAACCCAACAGAAUAAUUCAUCACAAUAAAAAUAGUGACGAAAAUUCGCCCAUUUUUAUCAUAAGCAGAUGUGCAAAACUUAUAAAACUUGCCUAUUUCAAUGAAACUGGUGAUAACAAUAAUGAUGAUGAUGACGAUAACAACAGCAAUAAUAAUAAUAAUAAUAAUAAUAAUAAUAAUAAUAAUAAUAAUAGUAAUAAUCGAUUAUGUGUUUAUAAAACGAUGAAGUUCAAAACAACAAAGGAAUCAUUGCAGUUGCCACGUAACAUUUUGAAGCUAACCAUUGCGUGGUCAUACAACAUCAAAAAAUGUGUGGAUGCAUCUCCACUCAUAGUCACUACCAAGUUUAGUAGUUCAGUGUACAUCGGUUCUCACUCACACAAAUUUGUUUCUUUGGAUCUGCACACCGGUUCAAUAAAUUGGCUUAUUGAAUUGGAUGAUAGAGUCGAAGCAUCUGCUUGUUCAUCAUUUUGUUUAGAUUACGUUAUCACAGCUUGCUAUAGUGGAAACGUUUACAAAAUAUCGUCAAAAAAUGGUGAAAUUGUUUGGAAGUUUAAAACUGGCAAUUCUGUAAAGUGUUCACCAUGUUUGAAUGUGAGGAAUGCCAUCGUCUAUACUGGAUCUCACGAUGGAUGUCUUUAUGCUCUUGACAUCAUCAAUGAACGAUGCGUGUGGAGUGUUGACUUGCAGAAAGGUAGCAUAUUCUCUUCACCCUGCAUUGAUUAUUUUGAAAUUCAUGAAGAGAUCGAUAGAAAGAUUGAAGAUGACAACCGCCACUUUGAUGCCCACUCCAAUGCGAAAAGGUUAAAAUUAAGUGCCAGUAGUGAGAUUGAUGAGAAAAGAAAUGAAGAUUGUAAUACUGCGGGCGGAGACGAUGCUAAAGUUUCAAAACAAGAUGGAGUGAUUACCUCAGGCAAGGUACAUUGGAGAGUCAAUCUGGCAAAGCCUAUUUUUUCAUCACUAAUUAUAUCAAAACUGUUUUACGUCGUAGGUUGUGUGGAUGGGUUUCUCUACGCCAUCGAUAAAAGAACGCACAACAUCAUAUGGAAGUACGAGACGAACGGUCCCAUCUUCUCUUCUGCCAUUUCAUUCUCAUCAUUGAACAACGAAGAUGAACAAUGUGGUGAGAUGUUGCUCAUUGGCUCAUACGAUCAUUAUUUACAUUGCAUCAAUGCCAAAAAUGGAACAACGAUUUGGAAGUCCAAGUUGGACUCUGAAAUUUAUGGUACGCCUUGCUUAUUUGAUAUAUCUAAAUUAAACGAUGACACAAGAUAUUCAGACAGUGUCAGAAACGAGAACUCGAACAGUGGAGUCAUCACUGAAGAAGUCAAUACACUAGCAGUUUGCAGCAUCAAAGGCUGUGUAUAUAUAAUAAGUACCUUUGAUGGCACAAUAAUAUGUACAUACAAUUUAUGUUCCGAAGUUUUCUCAUCGCCUUGCUACGCCGAAGGUGUAAUCGUAGUCGGUUGUAGAGAUGACUGUAUUUAUUGUUUUACUUUAAAAACAGCUGAUAAAUGUCGUGAUUAA